CCUCUAUCUUAUCUCUCUCUGUCUCACCUUGUUAGACAAUUCGGCAACGUACCAACAAGUCGGCGACAACCCGCCCACUCUCUCCGUCACCUCUACCACCACCUGCUCUUACUGCCCACCACCGACACUCGCCGCACUUCUCGACGGCCCAACUCCGAGCGAGACAUCUCCGACUCUCAUGCAGAAGCCGUGCAAUCAUCGCCACGCGGGCUCCCUUGCUGAUACUCCUUCUAAGCCUAGGGGGGCCAAACCAUGCAUGCGCCCGUAGUAACUUAACGUAACAAUGUCGACUACCGCCGCCGCUCCGUCCUCGCAGCUCUCGCGCGCCGAGACUCUCUACCUCAGCGGCCUCGCCCUGGUCUGCGUCGCCGUCCUCGUGCGCACCUUCGAAGGCGAGGGCGAGCCCCUGAUCGCCUCGCUGGCCUUGAGCGGCUUCGCUUUCGCCGCCAGCUACGCCAUGAUACGAUGGCUCGGCCCUGCCUUCAUCCACGCCGGCUUGAAGGGCCGCGACCUUUCCAAGCUCAACAACAGUCACUACCUGCCCGAGUGCAUGGGCGCCAUAUGCGCAACCGUCUACAUCCUCACAAUCAUCGUCUUCAUCCCCUUCCCCUUUUACAAGGACAUAGUGGUCGCUACUAGUGGUGGUGGGAAUCGCGAUGUGGUCAUGAACGUCGAGUUCGUCCAGAAGGGCAGGCUGCUUCACAAGUUUCCCCACAACAAGCUCGCCUCCUUCCUUUCUGCCAUCAUCUCGCUCCAGUCCAUCACCCUCCUCGGCAUCAGCGACGACCUCUUCGACAUCCGCUGGCGCCACAAGUUCUUCAUUCCCGCCUUCGCGUCGAUCCCGCUCCUCGUCAUCUACUUCGUCGACUUCGGCGUCACGUCCAUCGUACUCCCUACCUUCCUCCAGCCGUAUGUGGGCCAGGAGCUGUUCGACCUGGGCAUCCUCUACUACGGAUACAUGUCGGCCUUCUGCAUUUUCAGCCCCAAUAGCAUCAACAUCCUCGCCGGCAUCAACGGCAUCGAGGUGAGCCAGAGCGUCGUCAUCGCCCUGCUGAUCGCGUUCAACGACGUCCUCUACCUCGUCACGCCCUACCCCCACCCGGCCACCGACUCGCACUUGUUCUCCCUCUACUUCCUGCUGCCCUUCCUGGGCGUGAGCUUGCCGCUCCUGGUCCACAACUGGUAUCCGGCUCGCGUGUUCGUCGGCGACACGUACUGCUAUUUCGCGGGCAUGGUGUUCGUGGUGGUCAGCAUCCUGGGCCAUUUUUCGAAGACUUUGAUCCUGCUGCUCGUGCCCCAGAUCUUCAAUUUCGUUUACAGCGCGCCCCAACUCUUCGGGCUGGUCCCGUGCCCACGUCACCGCCUGCCGCACUUCAACGCGCGUACCGGGCUGCUCGAGCCUAGCGUCACCAAGUGGGAGAAGGAUAGGCAGCCCCGCCAUCCCGUCAUCGCACACGUGCUGCGGCUACUAGCGAAGCUCAAGCUGCUGCGGGUCAAGGAGGACGAGCAGGGCCGUUUCGAGGAGACGAGCAACUUCACCCUCCUUAACCUGUGGCUAGUCUGGCGCGGCCCGAUGCGCGAGGAUGCCCUGGCCACGGAGAUCACCCUCCUGCAGGCGGCUCUCGGCCUCUUCGGCCUCUUCGUACGCCACCGGCUUGCGCUCCUCAUCUUUAAGGAAGAUAACCUGAGUUUCAUCGGAGGCGUCGUCUAGCCUGGCUUCCCCGGAUCGGCCCAGAUCCAUUCCAUUCCAAGCCAAGGAGAAGGGUGAGCGCUGAGGUUGAUCCUAGCACCUUCUCCCUUUUUUCCGCUUUUUCUUUUCUCACGUGGGAGAGCAAGAACAGAGGCGGAUAGAGAUACCCAUUGCCGCGCGCGCAUAGAACAUAGAUAACGGACCCGGAAAAGAGGAGCAAGGGAGGAGGAGACAGGCAAACAAUCAUAGGUAAGGACACGUAGCCGAAGGAUAGCCCGCUCGGCUUGGCUUACAUGGCGCACAUGCACGUGUAGGCAUGUAUGUACAUAAGACAGACAGACAGAUAUAUAGACAGAGACGGGGGACGGGGUGGGUUGCGAGCGGAUGUCUCUCCGCGAGUGGUGAGUUGGUGUGUGCCGUGCGCGCGCGCGCCCCCCUCUCUCUCGCCGGUAAACCCUGUCCCCUGCGGCCACCCCCCUCCCCCCCCCCCCCUCUCCGCGAAUUGAAUGAAUACGAAAUGCGAG